CAGCUUCGGGCCAAAUUCAAGUUCGUCCCAGAAGAAGAAGAGGAAUUGAGCUUCGAGAAAGGGGACAUCAUCACAGUCCUUGCCAAAGAGGAAGAGAACUGGUGGCGUGGAUCGUGCAAUGGGCGUGAGGGGGUGUUCCCACAUUCGUAUUGCGAACCCGUCUGAUGGACCGAUCGAUCAAUCGCACUGUGUUUGGGGCUUUGCGGUGCAUUUGGCAGGAAGAGAUUUUUGAAUUGGUUUGGAAUAUAUUUAUGAGAGUUUUAUGAAAGGUUUUAUCGCAAAUCGGGAUCGGGUUUCACGGCAAAGUGGAUGCUAAUGUGGAAUUUCUUAGCGUCUCGGUUUUUACGCAAGUGGAGCAGGCAAGAAUACUUGUUUGCCUGAGGCUGUUGGUGUAUUUGCAAACGAACAGAGGGGUGUGUGACGAGCUGUCCCGACGGGGCAAACGGCCUUUUCCGGAAACUUAAUAUAUACUUUAGAAUCGCGGUUGUAUAUCAACAUAUGGAUUUAUACAUCUGUACAAUUUGUAAAUUAAAGGCGGUUCUUUAAUCCCUAUAUAUACAAUAAAAGACGGUUCUUGAAUCCCUAUAUCAAGAGACCUAAGAACAGUUCAAGGUCAAACGUG